AUGCCGCAGGAUAUAUAUGAAGAUGAAAAACGAGAGGAAGAAAGCGAAGAAGAUCUGGUGGAUGUCGUGGACGUAGUCGUAGAGCCAAUCAGUGCAGGUGCCAGCGACGAGGAUGAAGAUUUAGUAGUUAACGUAGAAGACGAAGGGGUAGAAGACUUCGUUAUUGCUAAUGCGAGAGAAGUGCUCGUCGAGGUGGUCAUCAAUAACAGAGCGGUGGAAGUUCUAGCUGUUGAUGUAGAGGAUGAAGAAGAGGAUAAAAGGGCAGCGGCUCUCGUUGUUAUUAUUGUGGGGGAAGAGCUCACCGAAGUGGUUUUUGAUGAAGAGGAAGUUGGAAGGGUAGAAACUCUACCUGUUGACGUAGAGGAUGAAGUGGUAGAAGGUCUAGUUGUUGAAGUGGCGAGAGGCGAUGUCGUUGAAGUAAUUACCAAUGCGGGAAGGGAGGCAGAUGAGGUUGUGGAACCUAAAUAUUUCGAGUUAGUGUUGGCUCUAAUUCAAAUUGAAUACUUACUUCUUGAAGAAGAUGUGAAUGAAGAAGAUGUGAAUGAAGAAGAUGUGGACGAAAAAGAUGUGGACGAAGAAGACGAGAUUCUCGCCGAAGGAGUUGGAUAG